CGCCGGUUCGCAGUCACGUGAGCAGAAACGCUUGCCGGUCUGUGUCCGUUGUUGUGGGGGAUAGACUCGCUUAUGUGCUCUUGCAACCCGGCUGCGCAGUUGCGGUAUUCAUUUGAUAUUGAACUACAGUCGCAUCGUGCUCGCACUUCACCAGAUUAAAAACUAAUACAGUUUAUUAAACUAUUAAUAAUUAAUUAAUUAAUUAUCAAGAUUGUUUAUCUACGAGUGAUUUUAAUUGAUAACAGUGAUUAAAAAAAAAGUGAAAAAAGAUGGCUGCAGGUUUUGAAGAUCCGUAUUUAACAUGUCCACUGGACGAGGUUCACAGGAUUCGAAAAAGUCGUAUGCAGUGUCAUUUAACUAGAUGCUUAAAGAAUCAUAAAUUGACGGACAAGAUAAAAUGCCCGUUUAAUCCAUUGCAUAUUAUCUAUCCAAAUGAAAUGGCGCAUCACAUGACUGUUUGUGAAAGCAACGCAAGUGUUGAUUUGCAAAUGUAUGAUCGAAAUGAUCAAAAGUGUUUCUCGGGAAUAAUAUCCGAACAAGACGCAAUGGCUCAACUCGAAGCAGCUCUCGGUGCGUCAAGUAAUGAAGUUGAAUACAACCAUACUAUCGACAAAGCAGGUUAUGAUCCGGUAAAGGCGAACCUGGAUAAUCCCGUGUUCCGGACUCUGAACUGUGAGUCCAAAGCUAAGAGGAGGGAGUUUCGUUUACAAGAACGCAAGAGGAUUGCAGCAAUUGAAGCUGAACAAGGAAAACGUCUAGUGAAGCCAGCAACACCAGAUCAUCCACAGAAGUUACAAGAACUUAAUCCGAUUCGCAGCCUAAGUGUCGUUGCUAAUUUUGAUGCUUUUAGAGAUGAACCUCAAGAGCAGGAAUUUCCGAUUGAUAAUUAUCCGCCUGUUAAAGGAAUAAUGUGUGAAGAACAUGAUCUCGGGAAAAGAUUUACCAAUGGACAUGCCCCGCUGGCCAAUGAGAAGGAUAAAACUAGCUACCAAAAUUCUCAGGCUGUAAUUGAUGACUUGAAGAGUCUAUCAGUUCAAGAUAAUACCGAUAUUUCUACGAAAAUUGAGCUUUUGCGUCAACAAGAAAACGAAAUUCGGCAAAAGAUACUGGAGCUGGAGAAACAAGCUACUAGAUCUGAUGAAUCAAAGAAUAAAAAUCCUUUCCGUAAUCUCAAUAAUGACAUGAGUGUCUAUAGACGAACUAAUCCAUUUACAGUACCAAUCAACGACAGCCAUGAUUUCGAAGGAGGUGCUGUUAAUAAUUCAACUGAUGUUAAACAAAACUACUCUGAUGUUUUAGCUAGCAAGCCACAAACAUUCGAAUUAUCAGCACGCCCACAAUCAAGUCCGUGGAAUGGUGUUUCAUCUGCUUCCAAAGAUGUCGAAUUAAAGCCAUCAGAAGCUUUUGUGGUUAAAAAUAACUCAUCUACUGAAGAGACUAUUGCUACUACUCAGUCAUCAGAAUGGACCAUAGUGUCUCGAUCAAAAAAAGCAGCGUCAGUCUCUGACUCAACAUCACGAAACGUAAAAACAAAAUCACGAGAUCCAUCGCCUGUUACUGAAUCAAAUUCAUUAAAGAAAGUUGUUGCAUUAAAGGAAACUUUGGCACCGUUGAAAUCGACACCGUGGAAUGUUGGAACCAAUUCACGAGACCCAUCACCAACUCCUGAUGCGGAACCAUGGAAUAAAGUUGCUACACUUAAAGAGACUUCAUCAAAAUCAGAUUCAAUGCCAUGGAGUGUAAUGACACGAUCUAAGAAGAUUUCUUCUUCCGAACAAUGUACUCAAUGGAGGCUGGCACCUUCAAAUGAUACUUUAAAAGUUUCAUCAUCAUCAUUAUCAUCAUCGUCAAAUGCGACUGCUGUACCAAAAAUGGCCGGAGUCUCCCAAUUGCCUCCAUCCGAUGGCAAUGUCAAGCCUAACGAGACAUUACCGGCACCAGCAGCAGCAGCUUCGACUCCUACAACUGCUGAAGUGGUUUCUAGAUUCACACCACUACAAAAUUCAAAUAAAAAAUUGAAUUUAGUUUCAACGUCAGUCUCGUCAAUGUUUUCUUCAUCAACAUACAGCAAAGUCGCUAAAGGGCCUGAGAAGCCUGUAGAAAGUUCACUUUCAUCUUCAAAAACCAACGCUAAAGUUCGUGAAUUUUUGCCGAUACCUCGUCGUCCUGCGGCUGGCCGCGGAAUCAUUCAUGCUCUUGAUGAAAUCAGACAGCAGAAAUUGAAUGAGUUGUUUUCUUCACGGAUUUCAAGACCAGGAUCAAGAAACAGUUUUUGUUCUAGUUACGAACAAAACAUUGAUGGUGUUUACGGUUUUGAAGAAACUGUUUAGUGAUUUACUCAUUAUUAUUUUCUUUUUUUACUUUUAAUACUUAUUAUUAUACUUUCAUUUUUUAUUAUUACAUUCCAAGUCGUUAAAAGACUUUUCUAUUUUUCAAUCAUUAAAUAUUUUUCAAUCAUUAAAUAACUUUUAAUCAUUGAUUAUAAUUAUUCAACUUUAAAUCAUUUAUCAAACAUUGAAUAAAAA